AGUAGAGAAAAACGUGAUCGAUUAUUUUGAGGGUUGGGAGAGAGCGAGAGAGAGAGACAAAGCGGGUUAACAAAUGCAAUAUUGAGAGAAAAGAGAGGGAGAAAUAAUCGACACAGAGAGAAAAUGAUGGGUGAAAAAUGUCUGUUUUCUUUAUGCAUUGUACAAAGAUGAGACUGAGCCAAGAGUUUUCUUUAAAAACAACCUGUAUACAGCAGCAAAAACAAUAUGAUGACGAUUUAGGAAGAAGAGAAGCCUCGAUGCUCCUCUUUAUUAGCCAAUUUGUCCUGUUUGUCAGUAUGAGAACAUUAAAUAUUUGUCAUUUUAUAUGAAAAAAAAGUGUCUUUCGCUUUAUAAUUGGGAUUCCUUGGAUCGCCAGCAAGUGGGAAAGAGUCUUGAAGCCGCGAUGCAUAUGCUUCUACUCGGCUUGGUGCGUGAGCUUCAUGGAGUGGUGAAAAGGUGAAUAUAUGGUUCUAUGGUGUUUAUGUUUGAAGGGCACGUCAAAAUUUGCUUGCGAGCAAUAGAAAACACCAAUUUUCCCUCAGGUGCACUGUUGUGGAGGAUUUUCCAAGGUUUCCGUUCUGACAGGGUGUCAAGGAGAGUGUUGAGGUGCUGGUAACCGUGAGACAGAGCGUAUGAGAACACCAUGACGAGGAACUACGCCAAGUCGUGCAGAAUCUGCCUAGCUGAAGGCUCCCGUGACAUUUUCAGCUCAAUGUCGCCCGCGGGGCUCCGUAGCGACGCCUCGGUGUCGUCUGUGUCGCGCCUGUUGGAGAAAUUGCGCUUUGUCACGAUGAUGCAGAUAUCGGAGAACGACAACCUACCCCCGCUCAUCUGCGACUCGUGCAUCGUCGAGCUCAACGUGGCGUACAAUUUCAAGCGACAGGCCAUCGACACUAGCAUCUAUCUGCAGAGGCACACCAUCGAGCUGGGCGGCAGGACGCAGGAGGAGUGCAUAGAAACCAGCCCGCCGAGGAUCUUCAAGGAGACGCCGCUGGAGGUGAAGGAGGAGCUGCUGGAGCCACAGAUUCAGACGCAGAUCUUCACCACUGUCGUGGCGGCCGAUGCCGGGAGUCCCAGCACAUCCGUGGCAUCCGGAAGCUCUCGCUCAAUGGUGCAGGUGAACACCAGCAGUUUCCCCAACAUCGGCGCCGACUCCACAUCGGACAAGGACUUCGUGGAGUCCUACCUGCCGCCCAAGAAGCGCGGUCGGGAGUUCCAGGUGCACAUGCUCACUCCGACACCCUCAACAGACGAGCCCGCCGCGAAGAGCACCGCCACAUCCAUAGAUCAUCACCAUCCCAAGAGCUCUCGCGUGCGCACGCACAACACCGCGAAGCAGAUCACACUCAGGCCCAGAUCCUCGGCGCCCAAUUACUCGGAGAAGCGCGUGAAGGUGUACCAAUACACGCAGCCGAAGAAGAAAGCGUCCAAGAGCGCCAAGAGCACGCCAGUGAGUGGGAAAAACACUCGCCAUCGGCGAUUCAAGAAUGCCACUCUCACGGCGCCCAGCGGACAAUCCAUCAAUCCCGUCGCGAUGGUGAAGACGAUGCUGCGGAGCCGCAGGACGCGCCUCACGAUAUCCUAGAAGUCCCACAGGGGCUGCUGUACAUUCUGCUGAAUCCCCCGAGCCCAGUAGCAUACCUGAGGAUUCGGCGAAUUACAGAUUUCACCUGUCGUAAGUCCUUGGAAGCUAUAUACAAUUUCUAUACUUUAUUUUAGUUGAGAUUGAAAGAUUUACAACACGUUAUAAUACGCCCGAAAUUAAUAUUUUAACCUUCUAUGGUAGAAUAGAGAUAUUUGUUAGGAGUAGAAAUGAAAUUGCGAAUUCUUUUAUCUCUAAACUCUAAUCAUUGCGAAAAACGGAGUAAUUUUGAAGAAUUUUUUUUUUAAUUUCGAGUGGAUAAAUAUUGUUGAGGAGAAUGAAUAAUUUGAUUUGAGGUUUUCCUCGUUGAUUUUGUGCUUGAUGACGCAUGACUAACUUCGUGAAAUCGCUGUUAUUGCAUCAUUCAUCCCUCUGGAUGGUUUCCUUGAUCCCUGGGAAAUGUAGUUAAGCACACAAGAACGAUUAUAAAAUGAAUAUAUAUAUGAAUGAAUAAAAUGUAUGGUAUAUUUUA